GAAACCAGACGAUUCAGCCAGACUUGCCCUGAUUUUCGUUACAUUGAGAAAGAAAUGAUGCUGCAAAUUUCCCUUGCUUCUUUUAUCAGUAGUUUUAUCUGCAACGUCUCUUUCGUUUCUUGUUGUUUUGCUCGUGUUUUUGAAAUGCCCACCAACUGUUUGAAGAAAUGUCUGUGUGGCAUCUUCAUUCUAAUUCUUGCUGAAAUGUUGUACGUGGCAGGUGAGAUGAAGACUUGGAUUUCAUUAUGAAGAUGAUGAGUAGGUUUAGUAAGCCGCGGUACUUUUGCUCUGAUGCUCCGCGGCCGUGGCUGUUUGUGGGUUUGGGCAAUCCCGGCGAUAAGUACAAAGGAACUCGACACAAUGUGGGGUUUGAGAUGAUUGAUGUUUUCGCUCAGUCGCAAGGGAUAGCGAUGGAUAGAGUCCAUUGCAAAGCUAUAUUCGGGCAAGGUUUUGUAGAUGAAGCCCCUGUUCUUCUAGCAAAGCCUCAAACGUAUAUGAACUUGAGUGGUGAAUCGACGGGACCUCUUGCUGCUUAUUAUAAGCUACCUCUAAACCGGGUGCUAGUGUUCCACGAUGACAUGAACUUACCGUGUGGGGUACUCCGUCUUAACCCAAAUGGAGGUCAUGGAAGCCACAGUGGGCUGAAGAGUGUGUUCUACAAUUUUCGAGGGAACAGAGAAUUUCCUCGGUUGAGAAUUGGUAUUGGAAGGCCUCCUGGUCAAAUGGACCCAAAAGCAUAUUUGCUCCAAAAAUUUAAUGCAACAGCUCAAGGACGAAUCGACACAGCUUUACAAGAGGGAGUCGAUGUACUGAAGCUCCUGCUGUCUAAAGGGCUAAACGAGAGUGCAAGACGCUUCAACACAGAGCAAAAAUACAAGCACUUAAGGUUAGACACCACCACGGCGACAUGAACAUAUCAUUUCUGAAGCCCAGACCCUUGUGGAUUGCCUGAGAAUGUGUACAACCAGAGGCAAGGCAUUGGGUCAUUUAUAGAGUGGGAUCUGGGAAUUAAGUAACACGUUGUUGUGCAGCCUGGACAGUUUUGAACAUGUGC